AUGGCUGGUCUGUGUAUAAAGUGCUGUCGGUCCGUUAAGCACCUGCCUACAAGGUUGAUCUGUGUCCUGAUCAUACUCCUACAGGCGGCCGGCCUAGACUACUACCUCGUCACUUACAAAAACCUCAACUGGGCAGGCUGGGCGGCUGCUGACAUUGUCAUCCUCCUCCUCCUUCUCAUCACCUUCUACUUUGGCUACAGAUUUCACCGUCAACAGAAGGCUUCCGGAGGAGAGGAUGAAGAAGACAUAGAACUUCACACACGUGCCGGUGUUGUGACCUGGUUUGUUUAUGCAGCAGUUUUAUGUUUCAAAGUGUCUUAUGCAUUUAAAGAUUUUUCACACAAAUUGGAUGAAAAUGAUUUCUUUGGACCUAAUACUCUUAAAACGACCAUAGCGUUAGCUGGAAUAGUGUUUCUGAUUCUACUCACCACGCUACACGACGCAAAGCCAGGUUCUAGCAGGCGAAAGUACAUUGAUGAGCUGACAGGAACUGUCAUAUUCGACAUUUUGGAUUGUGUAGACAGCAUGGAGAUCUUAUUCGACGAAGAAGCACGGCGUAGUAUUUUACCAAGUCUGGAUGAUACUAUCAUAGGCAUUGCAUGUAUAAACUUUUUGUUGCCAACAAUUCCACUGAUAACGUUAUCGAGGACAAAUUUUGGGCAUAAGAAACUAUCGCAGAAGAUGGUGAUUCUACAUAAAGUGCUGCUGGCGUUCAUUGUGAAUCUGCCUCUCCUGAUCACUCGUAUGGUGGUAUGGCAUGGCAUGAGUCACGGUAUUUCUAUAUUUUCUUUGAAAAACAUCAUUGUUAUAGGCAUUGUGUCCUAUGACCUUUACGAGACUCACGAGAGUGAAGGCGAUGAACCAGCUCAGGGUAGCACGGCUAACAACGUGCCCAGCUAUGGUAUGGAGGAUAGGUAUAACUAUUCGUAGACUAUUUCUCCUCGAUGACCUUAUAUUAAAUAAGCCGAACUCCUAUCAUGAAAAUCACACUGGGUGAUAAGUUUGGUAUGUUUUAUAAAUGGAAUACAUGGAUGACAUUUUCUUUCCUUGCAUGACAGAUAAAUAUUCAUGUCGCCCUAACGGUUGACAUUCUAUUUAUCUGUCACCCAUAUUGCAUUCAUAU